AUGGCUUCUCCCGUUUCACCUCGCUGUAAAGAUCAGAAGGAGGCUAAGGAUAUGGACGAGAAACACGAGACUGUAGAGGAGAAGGAAGCAAGAGCGAGGGAGGAUAUCAAGAGGCGUUUGGAAAACAGAGAAAGGGCGUUCAUUGCAGCUUCGAGGAGAGGGGACAGGACCAUGGAAGCUAGUUUUGAGUCUGCAUUGCGCGCAUCAGAGGUCCAUAAGGAGCGCACGGGCAAGGGUUUGCGUAUUACCAUGGAAGCCGUUGAAAGGGAAGAGAUGUAUGAUGAAUUGGACGACGAGCAUGGGCGCAAACGUCGAUGCCACAUCGACAGCCUCCAGCUGAGGUCUCAGUCGCUGGACGUUCAUUUACACCCGUAUAUGGUCGCCAAUUUUGGCAAAGCCAACCCAGUCUCUAAUUUCACACCCCUCAAUGGUCACCUGCACAGCCCAUACCAGACGGGCUCGAUAGCUGCUCAGGGAGUUUACGACCCGGCUACCUAUCAUUUCACAGGAGUACCAGGUGUGGAAAGAAUGUUUAACAAUCCCUUCAGCCCAGCAGCAGCAGCAGCAGCAUCCCAUGCACGAUCCAACUCGCUCCCCGUUGUCCAGAAUACCUCUGUGUAUGAACGUCAAAGAAUGACCAGUUUUGAUGACCAACACCACAGAAUGAACCGUCGAGUGGCCUCGGACCCAGCACUCGCUCUCUCACAUCUGCAACAAACUGCCCUUCCCAUGCGCCCCGAGUCUCACCCUAAAAAUUCAUUCGCUGCUUACCCACUGCAUCGCAAUCCACAGCAACAACAACAACAACAGCAGCAGCAGCAGCAGCAGCAGCAGCAACAGCAACAGCAACAGCAACAGCAACAGCAGCAACAACAACAACAACAACAACAACAGUGGCAGCAUCUGGAACAAGCCCAGCAACAGGCCAGCAAUUCGAUGCGACCACAUUCAAAUACCCAACAACAAUAUCACGCUGUACUGCAAGCGUCUCCAAACAUACGGCAAGAAGCUUCAAAUCUCCACAAAUUAUCGCCAAAUAUGCGCCGGCAGUCUUAUCAGCAUAUCCAACAACCUCGCCCUCGCCACCUAGAUACCCACUACAGAGCAAAUAGGGUUAUUCGCAUGAACUCUUUAGAUUGUACGCCCUAUUCUCAGUCUUCUCCCGUCAAAUCUCCAGCCGAGGGACUGUCAACCCCUGUCGCUUAUCCUACUUCUGCCACUGCAUAUGCCUGGGGUGGGAAUAAUCAUUGCUUGGUCAAUUCUUCGACGACAAACAGUAACGCCAUUUGUCCCACUGCCAAUGCUCAUGAUCUAAGCAACUGCAUUCCAUCCAGUGAAGUCCAGGAGAUGGAAAAUGAGACCUCUGAUGCCCCCAUCCAUCGUACACCGAUCCAAGCCCAUCUAUCAACGCCCUUGUUCAAAACACCGGCCAAUGAAACAUCCCCAGUUUCGCGAGGGACUUCAGCUGGAUCGAUGACAACUUCGGGCUCCAGCUUGACUGAUCCGUCUAUCCCUUCACCCGGGGACAAUAGAGCGUUCCAGGACCAAGCUGCAAUCGCUGUGGGUCCGGGUGACCUUGUUUCUGGCUCAACGAACAACAGCGGUGACAUGCUUACUGAAGAAAUUGGUGGUGGGUCCGAAACUUCAUCCUUCUUUCAAGAUGCCUUCUCUGAUGUUAAUGGACUUGAAAUCAACACUACUGGCUCUCAAGAGUGCUCUGAUGAGAACAAUUUUCUCAGAUAUGAGUUCUCUGAGCCUUUUGGUGUUCCAGCAUUAUAA